UGUUUUGGAGGAAGUGGACAGAGCUAGUUCAGUCAGCUGCUAGCAGUUAGCUUGACAGGAAAAGUGAGUGCUAAGGAGAAACUGAUUGUUCUAGUAAAUAAUUUUACGUCAGGUGUGUUGUUUUCGACAGACGGCCUUAGCAGAGAGGCUAGCUAUCAGGCAGCUAACCAGCUGUGGACAUUUUGAGCGUGUACUUUUGUUCCGGGCAGACAUUUGUUGGAGCUGUGUUAGCCUGUCAGCCAUCCUGCGCCUUUUGCUCGGCACUAUAAGAAGUAAAGAGCUGCAGGACAAUGACAUCAAGGAAGAAAGUACUUCUCAAAGUCAUCAUCCUUGGAGACUCUGGCGUUGGAAAGACCUCAUUAAUGAACCAGUAUGUGAAUAAGAAGUUCAGCAACCAGUACAAAGCAACAAUUGGAGCUGAUUUCCUGACGAAAGAAGUUAUGGUAGAUGACAGGCUCGUCACAAUGCAGAUCUGGGACACAGCAGGUCAAGAGAGGUUCCAGUCCUUAGGCGUCGCUUUCUACCGUGGAGCAGACUGCUGUGUUCUGGUCUUCGAUGUCACCGCACCCAACACCUUCAAGACCUUAGACAGCUGGAGGGACGAGUUCUUGAUCCAGGCGAGCCCCCGAGAUCCAGAGAAUUUCCCCUUCGUGGUGCUGGGCAACAAGAUCGACUUGGAGAACAGACAGGUGACAACCAAACGAUCACAGGCUUGGUGUCAGAGCAAGAACAACAUCCCAUAUUUUGAAACCAGCGCUAAGGAGGCGAUCAACGUGGAGCAGGCCUUCCAGACUAUUGCACGCAAUGCUCUUAAACAGGAGACUGAAGUGGAGUUGUACAACGAGUUCCCUGAGCCAAUAAAGCUGGACAGGAACGAGCGAGCCAAGCCGUCUGCAGAAACCUGCAGCUGCUGAGGACUCUGAAGGUCAUCGGCAGGUCAUCUCCAUCACCCUGUCUUGCCUUGUCUAUAUACCCCCUGUCCCAUGGCCAACUGUUAUGCCCUGAUGCCCACCAAAAGAGCAGCAUCCCACUCAUAGUACAUUACUACACGUGCUGCAGCCACUUCUUUAUGUAAACAAAACACACAUUUUCUAUAUAAUACGAGUCUCCUAGCCCAAAGAAUACCUUAAGAAAACAUGACAUUUACUUGUUUAAUGCUUGUUACUUCCCAGUGUUUCUCCCUCAGUCCUUCAUGGUGAUUUGUUUAUUUCAUGUUCAGUUCCACAUUUAUCGCUGCUUUCAGUCCUGAAUUUUAUUUUGAUACUUUAUGUGGAGAAUUGAAACAUUACAUCUAUGUGUAUUUGAAGGUUUUGAUUUAGGUUAGACAAUUUAUUUUUUAAAUUCUGAGUUAUUUGUGGUGGUUGUUUCCUGUUUUUGGCAGCCCGUCACUGCUGCAUGAACAAGGAAACCCUGCCGGCCAAUAUUCAUUUGUGUUGUGGCUUAAAUUACCAUCACUCUUGAAACCAACUUGUUACCAUGGUUUCACAUAAGCCUCGUAAGAAGAAAAGGUUAUUUCAUCGGGGAGUUGUGUGUGUAUGGGUGUUUGUGUGCGUGUGACAGAAUUUGCACAAGUAGAUUACAAUAAUAUGCUGGUUCUUAUUGAUUGGCCCCCAAAAAAAGAUACAGUGCAACAAGUUCAUCAAACGUGUUUUUCACUUUUUUUUUUUAAUAUCAAACUGAACUAAAAUUUGUGGAGACAACUCAUUUUGAGCCACAGUAUUUGGUGUGAUUAUUGUUCAGGUUGAGACCCAGCUCCGUGAUGUCAGUCGUUCCUUCAGGAACUAUGGUUCUUCUUGUAAUCUAUUACAGGUCAAUCAGCCUCCGAUCAGGGAAUGAAUCAAAUCAAAGAGUGUAUCAAUCUGCCUGACAGACAUUGAGAUUAUUUCAAAUCUCCUUUGCUUUUAUCUCGUUUUUGUUUCCUGUCAACUAUUGCAAGAAUUUGUACAUUUGCAUACGUCUCGUGUUGUAAAUCUCCCAUGUUUGACUCUACCAGCUGUGUGUGCUGAGAAACCAUUGAAGUGCUUGGUAUUUCUUUUAACCAAUCAGAUCUUUAACUGCCUGUUUGUAUUAUGUUAAAACUUAGCAAACAUACUGUAACUCUGAAAGUUGGAAAAUGUGGGGGAGUAUCUGGCAUUCAUUAUUAUUAUUACAUAUUAAUAUGAUAAAUGCACAUCAGCAUUGGUUCAAAAUGUCUUUGUGUUUCGAGUAAUAAAGAUAAUAAAAAUCUUGACUUAAACAUGCAAA